AUGACUUCAAAAUCUAAAUUUCCUCUUAAGAAAUUUUGGGAUGUCGCAGGAAAUUUAACCGAAUCAUUAUGGUGGUCUGCGAAUAAAACGAGCAAAAAAAUUAAUGAUGAAACUAUAAUUUUUUUGAUGAUACCUGGUAAUCCUGGUGUUAUCAGUUAUUAUAUUCCAUUCUUGACAACAAUUUAUAAUAAACUUGAACAAAGAGUUGAAGUUAUUGUUUCUAACUUGGGUCAUUCCCAUGGACAACAUAAUACAUUUGAUACCCUUUAUUCAUUGCAAGAGCAAAUUGAUCAUAAAAUUCAAUGUUUCGAUGAUUUACGGGAAAAAUUUUCAAAAGAUUACGUCCAACCUAAAUUUAUUUUAUGUGGUCAUUCAAUCGGAGCCUAUAUGUGUUCACAGGUAUUAAAAGCACGUCCAAAUCAUGGAAUUAUAAAUGUUUAUUCUUUAUUUCCUACAUUGCAACACAUUCAGAAAACUCCUAAUGGAAUUAUGUUGAAUUUUUUAUUUGGCGAACGUCAAAGAAACCUUGCAAGUUCUUUUGUCCAAUCACUUCGUUAUUUAUUAGCUCCCACCAUUUUCAAAUUUAUAGUUAAAUUAUGUACCUUUCAAUCUGAACCACAUUUAUCUGUUACUACUGAACAACUUCUUCAUGGUCCAAUAGUUAAAAAUACUCUUUAUAUGGCUAAUACUGAAAUGGAGACUGUUAACGAAUUGGAUGAAAAUUUGUAUAGACAACAUUUAGAUAAAUUUAUAUUUUAUUUUGGAGUUAAAGAUAAUUGGGCUCCAUUGAAACAUUAUAAUGAUAUGUUGACAAGAUUUCCCGAUGGAAAGAUUUAUCUCUGUGAUCAAGGAAUGCCUCAUGCUUUUGUAUUUGAUCAAAAAUUAUUGCUUUUCAAAAUGGAUUUCUCCUUUGAAACAAUUCAAAAACUUGUGGUAGGAUUCAUAGUUGUCUAUGCUAUUCAUUGGAUUAAGAAGCCAAGAUUGGGUGAAAAUGAACCUCCGAUGGUUCCUUAUAAAAUUCCAAUAAUUGGCCACACAAUUGAUUUUAUAUUUAAUGCCGAGUCGUUUUUUUAUGAAUGCAAAAAACAUUACGGUGAUACUUUCAAUCUAUACGUUUUAGGUCAGGUGAUCACUGUAGCUGGAAACGAAGCUUCUCAUGAAGUUUUUAAAGCCAGCGAUUCCUUUAAUUUGAAUGAAGCUAUAAAAGAUAUGUUACCUCUGCAUCUUGUUUUACCAAGGGUAGAUGUAUUUGGUGAUAACGUGCAACAUCUGUCCAAAAUGAUACGUGAAGAAAUUACUGCAAAAUUAUCUUUAUAUGCAGGAAGAAUGCAAGAACAACUUAUGAUUGCUAUUAAUAAGGAAAUUGGAGAUUGUCCUAAUCCCAAAGUUAUUAUUAGUGGACAGAAAUUUUUUUCAAAAAUUAUUGCUCGUCCGAUAGCUAAUAUUGUAGUUGGAGAGGAAAUAUCAAAACAUGAGGAUGUGGUCAAAGUUUUUGCCAAUAUAGCCAAAGAAUUUGCAAUAUUUCUUGUAAUACCUCCCUUUCUCUCAUUUAUUCAUCCAAAAAUCCAUCAACAAGUUGUUACCUUACCAAUUCGAUUUGGUUGGAAUCCUAUCAGAAAACAUAUUAAUACUUUGAAGAAAUAUUUGAGACCUGUAUUAGAGAAAAGAUUAAAAGAUAAAGAAAUUCUUGGCGAUAAUUAUAAACCACCUUUAGAUAUAAUUGAAUAUUAUUUGAAUGAACCUGGAUACGGGACAACGGUUAUUACUGAUGAAUAUUUAAAUUACAUCUGUGAAGUUUUAAUCCUACUUAUUUUUAGCUCCAUUCACUCUACUUCUCGUCACGUUUCUAGUGCUCUCUAUGAUUUUGCUGGAAGACCAGAACUAUGGGAUGAUCUUUAUGAGGAACAAGUAAAAAUUGAUAAGGAAAGCAAUGGAAUUUUAACACCUGAACUUGUUGACAGAAUGGUGAAAUUAGAUAGUUUCACGAGAGAAUCUAUAAGGACUAUUGGUGAUGUCGCUGGCGAGUUGCACAGAUGCAUGACCGAUUCAUAUACAUUUAAAAAUAACACAACAAUUCCUAAAGAUCGUAUAGUCUACAUUUAUUUAAAUGAUAGUUAUUGUGGACCAGAACUAAAGUCAUUCCUUCCUUAUUACGGUUUGAAUAAUAAAAUUCCUGCAACCAAAAUUGUUAAAAAUUAUUAUACAUUUGGUGCAGGAAAACAUGCUUGUCCUGGAAGAUUUCUUGCUAUUAAUGAAAUUAAAAUUUGUAUGCAUAAAUUAAUCUUGAAUUAUCAUAUUAAGACGGAAAGUGGAAAGGUAGAUGAAAAAAGAUAUGUUGGACCAUUUGUUUUACCACAUAGCACUGGAAUAAAUGAACCUCCAAUGGUUCCUUAUAAAAUUCCAAUAAUUGGCCAUACAAUUGAUUUUGUAUUUAAUGCCGACAAGUUUUUUUCCGAAUGCAGAAAACAUUACGGUGAUACUUUCAAUCUUUACGUAUUCGGUCAGGUGAUUACUGUGGUUGGAAACGAAGCUCCUCAUGAACUUUUUAAAUUCGGCGAUUCCUUUAGUUUGAAUGAAGCUACAAAAGAUAUGUUACCUGUGCAUCAUAUUUUACCGAGGGUAAAUGGAUUUGGUGACAUACCACAUCUUUCCAAAACGAUACGUGAAGAAAUUACUGCAAAAUUAUCUUUAUAUACAAGAAGAAUGCAAGAGCAACUUAUGAUUGCUAUUAAUAAGGAAAUUGGAGAUUGUCCUAAUCCCAAAGUUAUUAUUAGUGGACUGGAUUUUUUCUCAAAAAUUAUUGCUCGUCCGAUAGCUAAUAUUGUAGUUGGAGAGGAAAUAUCAAGACAUGAGGAUGUGGUCAACGCUUUUGCCAAUAUAACCAAAGAAUUCGCAACAUUUUUUGUGUUACCUCCCGUUCUCUCAUUUAUUCAUCCAAAAAUCCAUCAACAAGUUGUUACCUUACCAAUUCGAUUUGGUUGGAAUCCUAUCAGAAAACAUAUUAAUACUUUGAAGAAAUAUUUGAGACCUGUAUUAGAGAAAAGAUUAAAAGAUAAAGAAACUCUUGGCGAUAAUUAUAAACCACCUUUAGAUAUAAUUGAAUAUUAUAUGAAUGAACCUGGAUAUGGGACAACGGUUAUUACUGAUGAAUAUUUAAAUUACAUCUGUGAAGUUUUAAUCAUCAUUGUUUUUGGCUCCGUUCACUCUACUUCUCGUCACAUUGCUGGAGCUCUUUAUGACUUUGCGGGAAGGCCAGAACUAUGGGAUGAUCUUUAUGAGGAACAAGUAAAAAUUAAUAAGGAAUGCAAUGGAAUAUUAACACUUGAACAUGUUGACAGAAUGGUGAAAUUAGAUAGUUUCACGAGAGAAUCUAUAAGGUCUUUUGGUGAUGUCGCUGGCCUUAUGCACAGAUGCGUGGACGAUUCAUUUACAUUUAAAAAUAACACAACAAUUCCUAAAGAUCGCAUGGUCUACAUUUAUUUAAAUGAUAGUCAUUAUAACGAAGUAUACGGACCAGAACCAAGGUCAUUCCUUCCUUAUUACGGUUUGGACAAUAAAAAAUCUGCUACAAAAAUUGAUAAAAAUUAUAUUGCAUUCGGUGCAGGAAAACAUGCUUGUCCUGGAAGAUUUCUUGCUAUUAAUGAAAUUAAAAUUUGUAUGCAUAAAUUAAUCUUGAAUUAUCAUAUUAAGACGGAAAGUGGAAAGGUAGAUGAAAAAAAAUAUGCUGGACCAUUUGUUUUACCACAUAGCACUGGAAUAGUUUUAUAUCUGGAUGCAACUCUCUCAAUUGGUUUUUCUAUUGAAGAAGACCCAUUGGUGACAACACCAUUUUUGACAAGAAAUUAUCUUGAUACUGGUGUUAAUUUUAUAUCUUCAACUUAA